CAUUUUACACACACGCAGGUAUCUGACCUAAUAACAGGUGCAUUUCCAAAGCUAGCAAGUGUUUCUGGUGGCUGGGUACUCCAGAAAAGCUCAGGAUGUCUCUGAAGAAGAAACUCCAGAAGAGGAUUGCACAGUGUACCAGCAAUAAGGAAACUACACCAACAAAAGAGACACAGUGUUUCCAAAGCUGCGAAGACAUUUUAAAUUGCAUCAGCUCCCAAGUUGAUGAUGUGGACACAUUUUCUGUAUGUGUAUCUCGACGUGACAUCUUCCAAUGAGGCAUGCAGCAAUGGCAACGGCAAAAAAAAGCUUCCCCCAAAAGUAAACUGAAAGUCACUUUUUUUGGGGAAGCAGGUGUUGAUACUGGUGCCUUAAGGAAAGAAUUCUUAACAGAAAUGCUUUCAGAAAUUGAAAGGAAGCUGUUUGUCUGUAAUGGUGAUGGAAAAGGGAAAAAUCCUGUUUACUGUUUGAACAGCUUAGACCAGAAGUAUUUCAGGGUUGCUGGAGAAAUAAUGUCAGUGAGUCUGGCUCAAGGUGGGCCCCCACCUUCCUUUCUUCGUGAGUGGUGCUAUCAGUACCUGUGCUCUGGUGAUGCUGACCACUUACAGGUCUGUACCAGUGAUGUUUUAGAUAUGGAGAUGUCCCUGCUUAUUGCAAAGGUUAAUGAUGCCACUGAAGACAACAUAACAGACCUGACUGAUGAAAUUAUAAACUGUGGAUACACAGGAGUUGUGUCUCUGGAAAAGAAGGAUCGUAUUGUCAGAGCUAUUGUACUUCAUUACACCAUGAUGGUUCUCCCUAUGCUGGAUCAGCUCAGAAAAGGUCUCCAGCUUUACGAUCUAUUGGUUCUCAUGGAGAAGUAUCCUGACAUCUGCCUUCCUCUGUUUGUUCCAGUCCAUUCUGAUGACAGAGUCAACUCUACCUUCAUAAUGGAAAAUUGCAAAACUCUAUUCAGUGAGAAGGGUUCUGUCAGGUAUAGCAACGAAAUAUGCAUCAUGAACUUUUUCCAGGAUUACCUGCAGGACAUUGAGGAUCAUGAAGAUGACAAGAAUGUGGAUGAGAGCCAAGCAAAAAUCACUGUUGGCAGGGUUAUGCAGUGGAUUACCGGACAAAGUCACAAACCUAUUCUCCCAGGAGAAAAGGAAGAGUUCAAGAUACUUGUUAAAUUCAAUCAUGACUGUGAUGUAGACCAUACUGUAUGCUUUCCAGUUGUGAGUGCAUGUUCUAGCACAAUAAUAUUUCCAACCGCUCAUGCAAAGACCUUUGAGGAUUUCAAAAACAUUAUGGAUUUAGCUUUAUGUUUAUGUCAUUCGACAGGGAGCGUCAACUCUGUGCAGGCUUUCUUUGACACGACUCCACUGAACUCUGUGUCCUUCUGCUUGUAG